AUGCCUUCGAUGCUGGCUGGCCGCGCUCCGGUCAUGCUCCGAGCUGGGCGUCGCAUUCCUCGAACUCUGCCUUCUCCCGCCAGGUCUCUCACCACAGCCUCGUUGAGGUCGUCUGCCCGCUCUUUGCUGCAGGCUAAACAGGUCCCCAAGAGACUUGGCACAAUUUCCAUUGUCCGAAAUUAUAGCUCCUCGCCAGCCGAGUCCGCGCCAAACACCAAGGCUUACAUCGACAGUGGGAUCAUUAAGCAUGUUCAGAAUGUCGAUGUGAAGAAGGUUCUCGUCAUUGGCAGUGGUGGUCUUGCCAUUGGCCAGGCUGGUGAAUUCGAUUAUUCAGGCUCACAAGCCCUCAAGGCUCUCAAGGAAGCUGGCGUCGCUUCUGUUCUGAUUAACCCUAACAUUGCUACUAUCCAGACCAACCACUCCCUCGCCGAUGAGGUCUACUAUCUGCCAGUUACCCCCGAGUAUGUCAGCUAUGUCAUCGAGAAAGAGAAGCCCGAUGGCAUAUUCUUGUCCUUUGGCGGACAGACUGCCCUGAACUUGGGUGUCCAGAUGCAGCGCCAAGGUCUAUUCGAGAAAUACGGCGUCAAAGUCCUCGGCACUAGUGUUCGCACUCUGGAAGUUUCAGAGGACCGAGACCUCUUCGCCAAGGCCCUGGAAGAGAUUAACAUCCCAAUUGCAAAGUCUAUUGCCGUUGGCACUGUGGACGAGGCCUUGGAUGCUGCUGAAAAGGUCGGCUACCCCAUCAUCGUCCGUGCCGCCUAUGCCUUGGGUGGUCUAGGCUCUGGCUUCGCCAACAACGAGGAGGAGCUUCGCAACAUGGCUGCGCGGUCCCUGACCCUGUCGCCUCAAAUUCUGGUGGAGAAGUCUCUCAAGGGCUGGAAGGAGCUCGAAUACGAAGUCGUUCGCGAUGCCAAUAACAACUGCAUCACGGUUUGCAACAUGGAAAACUUUGAUCCACUUGGCAUCCACACCGGUGACUCGAUUGUCGUUGCUCCUUCGCAAACCCUGAGCGAUGAGGAAUACCAUAUGCUUCGAUCCGCGGCUAUCAAGAUUGUGCGACAUCUUGGUGUUGUUGGUGAAUGCAACGUUCAAUAUGCCUUGCAGCCUGACGGCCUCGACUACCGUGUCAUUGAGGUCAAUGCCCGUCUCUCCCGAUCUUCUGCCCUGGCCUCAAAAGCUACUGGCUACCCUCUGGCUUACACUGCUGCCAAGAUUGGUCUUGGCCACAGUCUACCUGAGCUUCCCAACGCCGUUACCAAGACCACCACCGCCAACUUCGAACCCUCUCUGGAUUAUAUUGUCACAAAAAUGCCCCGAUGGGAUUUGUCCAAGUUUCAGCACGUUAAGCGUGAUAUUGGCAGUGCCAUGAAGUCAGUCGGUGAAGUCAUGGCAAUUGGCCGAACGUUUGAAGAAUCUUUCCAGAAGGCUAUCCGUCAGGUUGAUCCCCGAUUUGUUGGCUUUCAGGGUGACAAGUUUGAAGACCUGGACUACGAGCUGCAGAACCCCACUGACCGUCGAUGGCUCGCCGUCGGCCAGGCCAUGCUUCACGAGAACUAUUCUGUUGAGAAAGUUCAUGAGCUGACCAAGAUUGACAAGUGGUUCUUGUACAAGCUCCAGAACAUUGUUGACUGCACCCGCGAGCUCCAGGCCGCUGGUAGCCUGCAGGCUCUGAAGAAGGACCAGAUUAUCAAGGCGAAGAAACUUGGCUUCUCGGAUCGCCAAAUUGGUAUGGCCGUCAACGCCACUGAGGACGAAGUGCGCGCUUGCCGAUUGGGCUUCAACAUCCGCCCUUGGGUCAAGAAGAUUGACACUCUCGCUGCCGAGUUCCCUGCUGAUACCAACUACCUGUACACUACUUAUAACGGUUCUUCCCACGAUGUGACUUUCGAGGAUAAUGGCACGGUCAUUUUGGGAAGUGGGGUUUACCGCAUUGGGUCGUCUGUGGAAUUUGAUUGGUGCGCAGUCGGCGCCACCCAAGCCCUCCGCCAGAUGGGAGAGAAGACCGUCAUGAUCAAUUAUAAUCCGGAGACCUACAGCACCGAUUUUGAUACAGCCGACAAACUUUACUUCGAAGAGCUCAGUUACGAGCGUGUUAUGGAUAUCUAUGAACUGGAGAAUGCCUCUGGCGUGGUUGUCUCUGUCGGCGGCCAAUUGCCCCAGAAUAUUGCCCUGCGUCUACAGGAAACGGGCGGUGCCAAGGUUCUUGGAACGGAUCCCAAAGACAUCGACAAGGCCGAGGAUCGUCAGAAGUUCUCCGAGAUUCUCGACAGUAUUGGCGUUGAUCAGCCUGCAUGGAAAGAGCUCACCUCCGUCCAGGCUGCUGAGAAGUUCGCCGAGCAAGUUGGAUAUCCCGUUCUUGUCCGUCCCAGUUACGUCCUCUCUGGCGCUGCCAUGACUGUGAUCCGCAGCCAGGAAGAUCUCAAGGAGAAGCUUGAGGCCGCCAGCAAUGUCUCCCCCGACCAUCCCGUCGUCAUCAGCAAGUUCAUCGAGGGCGCCCAGGAAAUUGACGUUGAUGCGGUCGCCUCCAAGGGCGAACUCAUCAUCCACGCAGUCUCUGAGCACGUUGAACAGGCUGGUGUCCACUCUGGUGAUGCCACUCUGGUUCUCCCACCUGCCAACCUGGACGGCGCCGUCAUGGAGCGCGUCAAGGACAUCGCCAAGAAGGUCGCCAAGGCCUGGAACAUCACUGGUCCCUUCAAUAUGCAAAUCAUCAAGGCUGAUGACCCCGAGGGUGGCGAGCCAGCCCUCAAGGUCAUUGAGUGCAACCUCCGUGCUUCCCGAUCGUUCCCCUUUGUCAGCAAGGUCCUCGGCCUGAACUUCAUCGAUGUCGCUACUAAAGCACUCGUCGGCAAGGACGUUCCUAAACCCACUGACCUCAUGGCUGUCAAGCGCGACUACGUCGCCACCAAGGUACCUCAAUUCUCAUGGACCCGUCUCGCUGGCGCCGAUCCUUUCCUCGGCGUUGAAAUGUCUUCGACUGGCGAGAUUGCCUGCUUCGGCAAAGAUCUCAUCGAAGCCUACUGGGCUUCUCUCCAGUCCACAAUGAACUUCCGCAUGCCCGAACCUGGUGAGGGUCUCCUCUUCGGCGGCGAUACCAGCAAGGCCUGGCUGACCCAGGUUGUCGACUUCGUCUCCCCUCUCGGAUACAAGCUGUAUGCCGCCAGCAAUGACGUCAAGGAAUUCCUCGAGUCCACCACCAAGGACAAGAUCAAUGUCGAAGUCAUUGAGUUCCCCAAGGAGGAUAAGCGAGCCCUCCGUGAAGUCUUCCAAAAGUACGACAUCCGUGGCUGCUUCAACUUGGCUGUUGCCCGUGGCAAGACCACUCUUGACGUUGACUAUGUUAUGCGCCGAAACGCCGUCGACUUUGGCGUGCCUCUUUUCAUGGAACCCCAGACGGCUAUCCUCUUCGCCCAGUGCAUGAGUGAAAAACUUCCCCGCAAGGAGGGUAUUCCCUCUGAAGUCCGCCGCUGGUCCGACUUUAUCGGCGGCAAGCCAUUGUAA